UGAAAUUUUUCUCUGCGGUGUGUGCUGCUCAAUCCUUUCCCUAAUGGCAGUUUCGUCGUCUGCAAUUGUCUCUCCUUUACUUAUCAACAUCAGGACCAAUCUCAGUUCUUCCUCUCCCGAUCUACCUCUCUUCAGCAUCUUCCGCAAAACGACCACUCGAAAACCGUCCGUUGUCAUUUUGUCCUGCAAAUCGGAGGAUGGAUUGGCGAACGAGGAGAAGAAGCUGUUGCUUGAACGAUACGGUUAUGAUGCCAAUGAGUUUGUAUCAGAACCCUCUCCCAAGACGACUAGGAGGAGAAAGGAACUCCAAAAGACAGGAAAAGGAAAGCAAGUCUCACCAGAGGAUCCAAAGCCACCGAGGACAACUCAUAAAUUGCUUCAGGUGCUUGGAGGAAAGGCUCGAAGAAAGAAGUUGCUCUCACCAAAGGGCAUGGAUGUUCGUCCAAUGAUGGAAGUUGUAAAAGGUGCAGCCUUUGAUAUUUUGCAGGUGGCUGGUGGCUGUCCUGCAUCUUUGAGGCCUGGGCGCUGGUUAGACUUGUAUAGCGGUACAGGAUCUGUUGGGAUUGAAGCUCUUAGCCGUGGAUGUUCUGAGGUACAUUUUGUCGAGAUGGACCCUUGGGUUGUGUCAGAUGUUCUGCGGCCAAAUUUAGAGUGGACUGGGUUUCUUGACGUUUCAGUUAUUCAUACCGUGCGUGUUGAAAAUUUCUUGGAACGGGCAAUGCAGUUUGUAGGUAAAGAUCAAUCAUUUGAUUAUAUUAGUGUUACCCCUCCCUAUACAGAAGUGGAUUAUGAGGUAUUGAUGGGUCAAAUCUCAAGUUCAGCCUUAGUUGGAGAAGAUACCUUCAUAGUGGUCGAGUAUCCUUUAAGAAUUGACAUGCUGGAUUCAUGUGGAUGCCUUGUGAAGAUAGCUGACCGACGGUUUGGUCGGACUCAUUUGGCAAUUUAUGGACCCAAGUGGGCACAGAAGAGGAGGAAGUCAGAAAAGUCAUUUCUGGUGGUAGCAGAAAAAAUGAUUGCAAAUGGAAGGUUGAAAGUAUAAAAAUGGUUAUGCAAGUAGAUGUCAUCCACAACUCUAAAUGCUAUUGAGGUGGUGUGAUAAUAUUCACUCCUAUCAACUUUGAUCAAGCCACACCAACUUUGGUGGGUCUUCAUGGUUUGGCUUUGUUGGCACUCUAGAAUUUCCACUCUGCUUGAUAAGUAUGAGAAGAUUUUGAAUCAACCCUCUGGGCUAGUCACACUGAUUUUUUCAAAAAAUAAGAAAAAGGAAUUGCUUGUGGGAUUGGAAAGCCUAGAAGUCAUUGGCCAUAAUAUCGACGUCAAUGUACAUGUGCACUUGUGGUGGGGUGUCUUAAGGUCUUUUGAUGACACGACAUGUGGAUGCGUCCAUACACUUGGCAUGUAUUUUGGGAUCCCAUGGUCAUGCCCAACAUUUGGAGAUUGCAGCUGGCGUCUCCUUCUACUGGCAAUCUUCUAGGGUGGUUUCAUGUAAUGUUGGGGUGUUAGCAGCAUUUAUGUAAUUGCUAUUUCUACUAUAUGAAGAAGCAUUCCUAUAGUUAUGGUGAGAGUUGGCUUCCUUUUUUAUUUUUUACUCCUCCUUACUCUGUUUCCUUCUUUUGAUAUAAAGUUAGAAAUCUCAAGUUUGUAAAGCUUGUAUAACUUGAUUCUCUAAGAUCCUGAAAAGCCAGACAUCUGUUUGGAGUUGGCAAUUGCAAAACCAUGUAAACUCUUGUUUGUUUUGCUUCAGUUUAUUUCAUGGCCUUUGCUUUGUUCUAUUA